GACAGCAAGGGAGUUGCAUGGAUGAGUAUUGCAGCAAACCAUUUCCAUAUUUCAGCAGAUGGACAAGGAGAUGCAGCAGAAGGCAAUAUGUUAAAAGCUUUUAACAAAGGAUUCUAUUUUAAUUGGGAUUCUUAACAUCCUACUGUAAAAUAUUGGGUUAGCUGGGAAAUUCUAUAUGGAAAACAGAUUAGGAAGAAAAGAGGAAAUAAAAGAUUAUGAUGGAAGCAAAAUACGAAACCAGAAUACAGGAUCUAAAUUUGAGGCAAGUACUUUUUCUAUUAUUAUGUUCUUUGAUCAGCUGGGUAGUAUCUGAACAGGUUCAGUACUCACUUCCAGAGGAAACAGAAAAACAUUCCUUUGUGGGGAACCUUGCUAAAGAUUUAGGGUUAGAUGUUCAUCUGCUGUCAAAACACAAGCUUGCUAUCUCUUCAGAAAAACAAUAUUUUAUUCUGAAUGAGCAAAAUAGUGAUCUAUAUGUAAAUGACAGAAUAGAUCGGGAAAAGAUUUGUGGAAAAUUAUCUACUUGCAUCCUGAAACUAGAGGUUGUGGCACAUAAUCCUUUAAAUAUUUUCCACAUAAAAGUUUUUAUCCUAGAUAUUAAUGAUAAUGCCCCACAAUUCAAAGAAAAAGAUAUAAAACUGGAAGUGAGUGAGUCGCAUUUGCCAGGAGCUCGAUUUGCUCUAGGAAAUGCUGAAGAUGAGGACAUUGGAAUCAAUGCCCUUCAAGAUUAUCAUUUGAGCUCAACCCCGUAUUUCAAGCUAGAAGUUCAAGAGAGCAAAGAUGGUGGCAAAUAUGCAGAAUUAAUUUUGCAAAAGCCAUUGGACAGGGAGAAAGAGCACACACACCACUUGAUUCUUACAGCUUCAGAUGGAGGACAGCCAGUGAAAACUGGGAUUCUUAACAUAGAAAUCAGUGUUAUUGAUACAAAUGACAAUCCACCAGUCUUCUCCCAGACAACUUACAAAACAAGUCUGAAAGAGAAUACACCAAGAGGGACUUCUGUGCUUCAAGUGAAAGCAUCUGAUAGUGAUGAAGGGUCAAAUGCUGCAAUUCAUUAUAUAGUCAGUAAAAUCCUAGAUAGCAGUCAAAAGAAAUUCAUUUUGGAUCCCACCGAUGGAACAAUUUCUCUUAAGGAAAGUGUUGAUUUUGAAGACAGAGGAAGCUAUGUGAUGAUAAUACAGGCAAGUGAUGGAGGUGGACUAGUUGCACAUUGCAAUGUAGAGAUUGAGGUUCUUGAUGAGAAUGACAAUGCUCCAGAAGUAAUUAUUACAUCUCUAUCCAGCCCCAUUCUUGAAGAUAUUCUACCUGGAGCAGUGGUUGCCCUCAUCAAAGUCCAUGACAGAGAUUCUGGAGUUAAUGGGGAAGUCACCUGUUACCUAAGGGAAACUGUACCUUUCCAGGUGGUCUCAUCAUCAGACAACUAUUUCAAACUCCUCACAGAUGGCCUCCUUGACAGAGAAAAAACACCAGUGUAUAACUUAACAAUUACAGCCACAGACCAAGGCAUACCUCCUCUUUCCACAGAUAAAACCAUCUCAGUACCAAUUUCAGAUAUCAAUGAUAACCCUCCAGCAUUUGAAAAACCUUCCUAUCUUGCCUACAUUCCUGAGAACAACCCAUCCGGAAUGUCUAUUUUCCAGGUUAAGGCUUUUGACCCAGAUCUGGAUCGUAACGCCCAAAUCACCUAUUCCAUUCUUAACAGCAACGUCAAGGACCUACCUCUCUCCUCCUAUAUUUCCAUUAACUCUGAGACUGGAACUCUCUAUGCUCAACGAUCUUUUGACUAUGAGCAGCUCAAAGAUUUCCAUCUGCAAGUGCAAGCCCAGGACGAAGGCUCUCCAUCUCUCAAUAACAGUGUCACAGUCAAAGUGUGUGUACUGGAUCAGAAUGAUAAUACUCCCCAGAUCCUUUACCCUUCCCAAACAACUCAGGGUUCAUCAUUGUUUGAGAUGGUGCCUCGCUCAGCUGAUUUGGGUUAUUUGGUGACAAAAGUCGUGGCUGUGGAUGCUGACUCUGGACACAAUGCCUGGCUCUCUUUUCAUCUCCUGCAGGCCACAGAGCCCUCACUCUUCAUCAUUGGCUCCCACACGGGAGAGAUCCAAACAGCUCGAGCUGUACUUGAGAGAGACAUUACCAAGCAGAGGCUGGUCAUCAUGGUGAGGGAUAAUGGACAGCCACCUCUCUCGGCCACCAUUAGUCUCAACCUGGUCUUUGCUCAGAACUUCCAGGAGGCUCUUCCUGAAAUGAAUGCCCAACCAAAUAACUCAGAGGAUCAGUCAAAGCUCCAGUUUUACUUGGUUCUGACUUUGACUUUGGUAUCCUUUCUGUUCCUGCUGGCAGUGAUUUUGGCCAUUAUUAUGAAACUUCAAGGGUCAAGGAACCCCACUUUUUUUCAGUGCCUCAUUCCUGAUUCUCAUUCAAAGACUGGUACUGUAUUUCCUCCAAAUUAUGAAGAUGGGACUUUGCCUUAUUCUUAUCAGAUCUGUUUAUCCACUGAGUCCAGGAGAAAUGAACUGACUUUUCUGCAGCCCAAUGUCCAAAUAGUGGAGAAUAUUCUUUGUGAGGAUAAACCUGAUACUUGUAUCACACUCAAUGGAGACUCUUAUCUAAAUUCUAAAAAUAAUUCUGAAAAUACGCUGAGUACAUCUAGUUGAAGUAUAUAGGAUGGGAGUUUUGA